UCUCUAGCGGUCGAAUGAGAAACCUCUCGGAGCCUAAGUAAAUCUAAUCUAAUCCUUGUUUCUUGUUACUCAUUAUUGAAAAGAUAAGAUGGAUGUCAAGUGGAAUAAAUAAAAACCUUUAGUAAUUGCUUUAUUCCUGAUUUUUAUGAUGUUUCUAAAUGAUGGGCAUCAUUUGAUUGUUAAGAGUUAUUAUCAACUAGCUUAAUUUGAGCUGCUAGUCUUAUAUCGAAUCGUCCGGAACACAGUAUGAAGGAGAUGCUUGGCGGGUGCUGUGUAUGUUCUGACGAGAGGGGAUGGACGGAAAAUCCGCUUGUCUAUUGUGAUGGUCAAGGCUGUACUGUUGCUGUUCACCAAGCAUGUUAUGGAAUUGUAACAGUACCAACUGGACCAUGGUAUUGUCGAAAAUGCGAAUCUCAAGAGCGUAGUGCACGUGUUCGUUGUGAAUUAUGUCCAAGUCGAGAUGGAGCACUUAAGAGAACAGAUCAAGCUGGUUGGGCUCAUGUUGUCUGUGCACUUUACAUCCCAGAAGUUAGAUUUGGCAAUGUUACAACAAUGGAGCCAAUUAUUCUUCAACUUAUUCCAUCAGAAAGGUUUAAUAAGAUAUGCUACAUUUGUGAAGAACAAGCUAGAGGUAGCAGAGCUACAGUCGGAGCAUGCAUGCAAUGCAAUAAAACUGGUUGUAAACAACAAUUUCAUGUCACAUGCGCUCAGGCGUUAGGCUUACUUUGUGAAGAAGCUGGAAAUUAUCUCGACAAUGUCAAGUAUUGUGGAUAUUGUCAACAUCAUUAUUCAAAAUUGAAAAAGGGUGGAAACGUUAAAACUAUUCCACCUUAUAAACCAAUUCCAGCAGAUAACGGGUCUUCUGAUUCUUCUCCAGAAAAAGAAAUAGAUUUACCUUCAAAAACCUCUACAACAGUAAAACGUAAAAGCUCCAACCUUAAGUCAUCGACAACAUUAAAUUUAAAAAACAAGUUAAAUACUAGUCCAAGUUUAGAUGUUGAUGGAGUUAUAGAUGAAAAAAAUGGCAGUGAUCGCAAUAUUCCAAAAGAUGCUACGUCGUCAUCAACUCCAGGUUCUAGUAAAUUUACGACUUCGAAUUUUGUAGAAACAGUUGUUACUCAAUCAGAGAGUGUAUUUGGUCACGAAAACAGUAGCAGUAGUACCAUUUCUUCUGAUUUAGUUUCUACAGGUGGUGUUAAACCUGGAACAAAUAUUAAUUUCACACAUAAAAAUAAUAAUCAUCCUAAAUCAAGUUCAUCAAUCAACAAAUUAAAUUAUUCAAGUAAAAAGCGUAAAACUGGUACGCAUACACCAACGGCUAUAGGUAGUGAAAAUUCAAAUAAUUCCGUUAGUUCUGAGGCUAGUGGAUCAGUUGUUACAGUCAGCUCUAUUAUUCAGUCAAUACCAAGUAAUUCAGUCCAACCGACAGUUACUGAAGCAACAAGUCUUAGUACUGUAUCUGAAUUAGAAAAAUUGAAACUAACAUCUGAUAAUUCCUUAAAUUCAAACACAUCAAAUAUUUCUACAACAAAUGUAUCAACCACGACACCAGUGAUAAUAUCAUCGCCAUCGACUCAAACACAUACUACUACUACUGCAACUAGCAUCGUCGUAUCAGUGCCACUUACUGCUACUUCUCUUCCAAAUUUUGCACAGAGCGUGGUAACCAGCGCUCCUACUCUUUAUCAACAACUUCAACGGAGUAUGUCUACAAUUGCAGUUACAAAUAAUGAUCAGUCGGACUCUGUUACUUACUCAGAUCACGAUCCACCAGAAGAUUCACCAGCUAAAAAAUUACGUUUCAGAUUGCAGUCAACAGAUAAACAAGAAAAAGUUCGGAAAACUAAGCGGGGAUCUACUUUAAAUAAUCCAUCAUUGUCUAUUCCUCCUGUGCCAGUAUCAUCGAUUUCUUCAUCAACCUCCAGUACUACUAUCAGUAUUGUUAAAACGUCUAAGCGUAAUCUAGCGCGAAAUAAUUCUCAGACACAAUCAUUAUCAGUUACUCCAAUAUCGUCUAUAAUUCAAGGAACUACUACAGCCACUGGAAAUUUUAGUAGUAUUACAUCUGCUACUGGAAAUACUAUGAGAUCUGUAGUUAAGGAUUCUCCACCAAGCAGCCCAAGUUCAGAAAGUAUGAGUAGUACUGGGCCAGGAAGAACGAAAAAAAAGAGCGUCGAAGAUCACGAUUCUAUUACUCCGUUAUCGUCUAUAAAUAUGACACCCACACCUUUAGCUAGUAACACAAAAGAAGAAAAGGAAGUGAAACUGUUUCAAAACGGCGUAAACGCCCCACACAUGCUUGGAAAUCAAUUAAAUCCAUCAUCAACGAUGGCUCAAAAGAUGUCUGAUACUCUUCACCAAGAACUGGAGGCUCACUCAAUUUUCACAGAGGCAAGUAAUUCAUCGACAACGUUAGUAGGACCACAACUUCAUAGUCGAGUAAUUGCUUCGAUACGGUCCAAUCAAUUCACCACGCAACCACAAACAUCAUUUGCUUCUGUCUUCCAAACUAAUAAUGUUGCAAGUACAAACAUAAGUUCCUCUGGAGCAUUAAGCGGAAGUGCAAUUCCACAAACUUUAGAUCAAUUACUCGAAAGACAAUGGGAACAAGGUAGUCAAUUUCUAAUGGAACAAGCCCAGCAUUUUGAUAUUGCCUCACUUCUUUCGUGUUUGCAUCAACUCAGAGCUGAAAAUUUACGACUGGAAGAACAUGUUAACAGUCUUCUGCAACGAAGAGAUCAUUUACUCGCAGUUAAUGCCCGUUUAGCUAUACCUCUUACUACUCAACCAAAUACGCAUUCAAUAGGAGGGACUCAAUCACAUCAAAAUACUACGCAUUCAGAUUUAGCCAUUGGACAAUCUGCGUCAAUUUCAAGAGUCAAUAGAGAUGCUAGAGUAAAUAAUAUAUAUUUACCUCAUUCCAAUUCAACUGGAAAUUCCUCAAUAUUAGAAAAUGGAUUAUCAUCUGAUUCUUCAUCACCUGCAGCUGGAUCAGUUUCUCAAUAUACGCACAGAGGACAGAUGGUUGCUCCACAACCGAGUCCUACUAUGAGGCAUAGUCCAGCUUCUAGUGUUUAUCAUCAAGGGCAAUCAAGCAAUAUUGUUUCACCAGCGAAUUCCAGUAAUACGGGAACCGUUAGAAACUCUUCUGCACCAUCAGAGCCUUUACGAGGAAUAACCAGAUAAUUAAGCAAAUAUACAAUACUUCUUUUUUUUACAUGGUUACUCAUACUAUUGUUGUCAAGGAUCUUCCACACAUUCGUCAUUUUAAUUUGCUUAACAAAAAAUUAUGGCCACACAGAUAAAUUCGACAUCAAGCAAUUUUUAAUAUAUUUUCAAAUUUUAAUUAUAAUAAUAAUCACGAGUAUGAUAAUAACAUCUAUUAUGUCCAAUAAUUUUAGUUCCUUAUCAAGUAAUUCAAAAUAAUGAACAAAACAAAAAUAAUUCAAAAACAAUAGUAACAUUGUUUAGUUUUAUAUUAUACAAACACAAUUGUGUGACUUAAGCGUAAAGUUAUAAUUAUUGUUUUCAUGCAUUCAUAAUAUAAA